UUGAAUAAAAUUUUUCAGCAGGAAUGAAAAUAAUUACCAGAGCAAUGCAUUUCUCUGUAAAUCCUACUCGUUUUGCAAUGUUGAUGGCUUUGAUUGUUGUUAUCUCUGUGGUUUUGUACACGCUCUUGUGGAUGCCAACUUCGUCGAUAGAUUUCUUUCUCUUACCACAGCAGCAAAAUACAGUAUGUAAAAAUGGUAGUGCAUUCGCAAAGGAUGAACUUGAAGUAGCUUUAAGAGGAGCUUCCAUGGAUGACAGAACAGUGGUCAUCAGUGUGUUAAACAAGGCGUAUGCCAAGGAAAAUGGCAUGUUAGAUCUUUUUCUUCGCAGCUUCGAGCAUGGGGAUGACACUGAAUUCUUGAUCAAACACCUUCUACUAGUGGCAGUUGAUCAGGCAUCCUUUGAACGGUGUAAAUCUCUCGGGCUCCAUUGCUACAAACUGGUCACAGACGGAGUCGAUUUCUCCAAAGAAGAACUCUACAUGUCGACCGACUUUAUCAAGAUGAUGUGGAGAAGAACACUCUUUCUUGGAGAUGUUCUUCGGCAUGGCUACAAUUUCAUCUUCACGGACAUGGAUAUUCUAUGGCUGAGAAGCCCAUUUCCGAAAUUCGGUCACCAAGGAGAAGACAUGCAGAUAAGCUGUGAUUGGUUCAAUGGGAGGCCUUUCGAUCAUUCCAACCGCAUAAAUACUGGUUUCUACUUUGUGGUAUCCAAUAGUAAAACCAUUGCCCUCUUUGAUUGGUGGUACAAAUCAAGGAAUGGAGCAGCAGGCGUAAAAGAACAAGAUGUGCUGGCUGAAAUGAAAACCAGAGGUGUCUUCCAGAGAUUGGGCAUGAAAGUAAGGUUCUUGGACACAAUGUUCUUCAGCGGAUUCUGUCAAAAGAGUAGAGAUUUCAGAGAAGUGCGCACUGUUCAUGCAAAUUGCUGCCGUACUGUGAAAGCCAAGCUUGUUGACCUUACUGCUGCUCUUCAAAUUUGGAAGAGAUUCAAUGGCACGGCAACAGCCAGAUGGCCCUCACAUGAUGCAUGCCGUAAUUCAUGGAAGAAGAACAUUGUUAUAUAGGCAUUUCAGCUCUCCGAUACUUAUGCUGCCAUAUGUGUAAUUCUAUAGCAUCUGUUUGAACUUCAAAUUUGUGUCACAGCUCUUGAUGAAUCAUAAAGGCAAAGAAGCUAUGUUUUGAAAAUGAAUUGCACCAUUCGGUUCUCAGAUGCAUGUCAGAUAACAAAAAGGUCAAUUUUCAUC